UUUUCUAUUUUAUCUCUAUGACAGCCUGUCUUUCUUGUGUUCAGUUAGUGUCGACAAGAAAAUCUCCAUCGGCAACAGAACUUGACUUACUAUGGAGCAAAUAUGGAGACGUCAGAAGCCAGUUGGCUGUGCUUGAAUCCGAAAGAUCAGCUGAAAGGGAUAAGAUCGAAAAUAUUCAGCGCCGACUGAUUGCAUUGGAAGAAGCUGUAACUGACAUGGAAGGGGAAAUAAUUCAGAUAACAGAUGACUUGAAGAGUAUAGCGGCAUCAAACACGGCUCAGGACGACGGAACUAAUGCGACGGAACCUGCGAACUGGGAACCAUUUCCAUUUGCCCUGAGAAGAGGAUCUAUUCAAAUGAAUGCGUCCUACAUUGUCCUUGCUGUUGACAUAGAAACCAGCCGACCCUUCUCAUACCUUUGGUUUGAGAACCGGGUUCCUAUUCUAGAUGACGAUUUGUUAACUCGUGUUGAAUUCAGUGGAGGGAAUAUACACACUUUGGAACUCCGUGGUAACCAGUCCUCUACGAUCCGGAAUGGACAGAAAGUAAUAUCUCUCCUGGUUAAAAAUCAUGAUAUUGCCAUAGCUCUCCUGUUCAAUGCCGCUAAACACAGUUUUCUACGUGUUUAUGAUUACACAGUAUCCUACAGAGGUGGACAAGUCCAUUCUCAAUUCAACGUUACUUCCGGUAGUUUCGAAUUACGGUCAGAAAUGCUUAGAAAUAAAGACAUCAGUUUGUCACUUGGCUUUAUGGGGCUCAAUGGAAACCAGACUUCUUAUAAAGCAAUAACAGCCGGAAGUUGGUUAGAUUUGGAUGGGAAACUAGCUUCUCGUGGCGGGAUACUCAAUGUUACCAAUGGUUCUUUGCUAGGUGAUACUUAUAGGUUCACAUACGACCUUCUUGAGAUGGACCACGGAGGGUUAUUAUCGUGCUUUAUUAAUGUGAAAAGACUUGAUGACGUGUUCAAAAGCGUUGAGUUCCAGAUUUACGACUCGGACAUUUUGCGGCAUGGCGGUGCUACGUUGCCCGAGGGAUCAUUAGUUUACCUAAAAGACUUCUUUCCCACAGAAUUCAAACUUGGCGUCGGGGAUAGCAGUGUGAUACAAUGUGUGGCGAUGGGUAAUCCACCACCGAGAAUGGCGAUACUAAAACUUCACCGAGAUGGACACGAGUCGAUAACCGGAUAUGCGUCGGUUGUAUUAAACAGAAAAUACGUCACUUCAGUAAUUCUCGUGAUAAAACCCACCGAACCGGAAGUUGCUAACAUUAGUUUUGUAUGUGCUGCCACAUCGAAUGGAGUAGAACGCCGGCUGUCGUUACCUACAAGAAUUGUUAUUCCUCCUAAAUUCCUGAAAUACGAGGUUCUUCGAGGACCAGAUGAAAAUGUUGUGGUUAAGCUGUUUGUGAAACGUUCAGAUCCCCCUAAACCCGCCGUCAGCUGUCGAGAGAAUGACGACUGGGGUGACUUCAUCUGGGGAAAAUCCCCAAUGUACACGGCCAAUGAGACCUCAACAGAUACCGGAUAUACAGUCACUUUCAAUGUCAACAUGGCUGCAACUUCUACUCCACCUACCAAAUUUGUCUGUCAGGUCAUGAGUGUCAAUGGCGUCGACAGAAUAAUUGUACCAAUUCAUCUUUAACACAAAGUAUUCAAAACCAGCCAUGUAAUAUCGACUCAAUGUAACUGUAAUAUCAUCAAUUUUCGCGGGAGAUUUAUUUUCGUUGAUAUGGUACGCUUUUUUAAUCCACGACAUCAUAUCUGCAAGAACUAUUAGCAUCAGGCUUAUUGAGCUGUAUUUAUCAACGAAAUCAAGUGGGGUUUUAUUUGUAAACCCAGGAAAAUUGAUUAUCACAAAAAAAAAAAUGAUUUGACAGUACUUCCCCAAUGAAGCCUUGUAUUUUGGUUUAGAGAAAGGAUAAAGUGAAUGACAUUUUAUUCAUUUCAGAAGGAAAGUAUCACAUGUCUGAUCAUGAUUGCAAUAAAGGACAGAAACUAAAGCUGACUGCUUGGUACAAAUGUUUCAACCUGAAUUUAAGAUAUUUCCAAAGAGCUAAUAAAUAAGUUUUAAACGUAAUAACAUAACAUCAGAAUUAACAUCAAUUAAAAUUUUGAGAAGGUUUGUUCCAGAUCAAAUCUACAUUUUUGUUCAGUUUUUUUAAGGAGAUAAAAGUAA